AGGAGGAAGAGGGGAAGCACCCUGCUAUAGAACAGGAGAGGGACAGGUAAAUAUUAAGGGAGGGGACCCAUCCAGAGAGGGGGAGGGACAGACGCAUGCACACAGUGACUGCCCCUGCCUCCUUCACACUGCUUGCUAGGGACCUCUCAUCACACACACUGGGACCCUCCUCCCCCAGCACUGCACACAGAAGGGAGACCCUCCUUAAAACCUGUGGUGGGGGCAGCUCACACCCCCCAUCAUUACCCAGGGAAAGGGGAUUACAGGGGGAUCAUUGGAAACACAAGGGGUGGGCACAUUGAUUUUCACACACACACUGUCUUCUCUCACUGCUUCUAAUUUAGCAUCUCUCCUGCUCCCCUUAAUACAACCCCCAACCAUCCCUCUCUUACACCCCCUCCUCUGGGAAGCAAGGAAAGAAAGGGAGAGGGUGGGGGACAAAGGAGGAGGGGGGACAGAAGAAGAAGAGGAGAGGGAGGCAGAGGGGAGAAGAGGGGUGCCAGGGGAGAGAAAGGAGACUGCGAUCACGGCAGGUGAAAAGCAGACAGUCGACUAGACGUCAAGGAGAGACCGCUGCGGGGAGAGUGCCUGGGACUCUGCUGCUGACUGUGCGGAGAGAGGACAUGUGCUGUGACUGCUGUCCAUCUAGUGGUCUGAGAGCUGCAGGCACCUGCUCAUUGCAGACAUGGAGAGUUUAGGAUAAGAAGACACAUGUCCCUGCCUGGAUAUUAAGGAAGACAGACCCUAAACUCUCCUGUUCCAGUGCUUAAUUUUUGGGAGGAUUCUGAACAUUUCCACUAUUUACUACUGCUUUUGUACUUUUGGGGGGCUUUGCCCCCAUUGCACCUGAUUCCCCCCCCCUCCCCCCUCACACCAUGAAGCCUUUGGAAAAAUUCUUAAAGAAGCAAAGCUCUCAUCUCUCUGGUCCUAGACAUUUGCACAGGAGGCAAAGUGUUUCCAAAAUCUUGCCCUCUUUCUUAAGGGAUUCCCCAAGUGAUUCCCCUGGAGGAGAAAGGUGUGAAGAAGACCCCAGCGGAGCCCCUCCUCCUCCUUCCCAAGACUGCCUGGAGUUACCAGAUGGAUUGCGCUCCCCUCUUUCCUUUUCAUCUGAUGAAUUGUCCCCCUCGGAACCACUCACUCCACCUCCAGGAUCUGGUGGCUGGUCUAUUACUCCACCUGGAAUCCUACUUGCCCCAGAUACCCCAGAAGCUCUCUUGGGGAGGAUACUGGACCAGCUACUGACUGCCCCCAGACUGAGUGAUGCUGCUGAGUUAGCCUUGGACGAUUUUAUCCUCACGCACACCCUGUUUAUGCCAACGGAAGAGCUUCUUCGUCAAUUACAGCAAUAUUUCUGUGACUGUAGUCGUCAAUCCUCUCCAGCCUGGGAGGGUAGCGAUACUGUGCAGAAGAAGCAGGCUGUCCUCUGCGCUCUUCUGCAUCUUCUGGACACCUACAAGGACUCGCUGCAAGAGGAGGAGAGAACGUUCCAGUUAAUCAAGGAUUUCUAUGUCCUGGUGAUGCGUGAUGCUCCUAAUUUCCCACAACUGGAGGGGAAUGUCAUCCGCCUGCAUCGACUGGUGGAGACGGCCGAGCUCAGACUCACCGAUGGCACCGCUGCUCCUUGCUCAAAGCAAGUCAAGCCUCUAUUCCGCCAUUUCCGAAGGAUUGACUCCUGCCUCCAGCCUCGGGUAGCAUUCAGGGGAUCGGAUGAGAUUUUCUGCAGGGUAUACAUGCCUGAUCAUUCCUAUGUUACGAUCCGGAGCCGCCUCUCUGCUUCUGUGUCUGACAUUCUCACAUCCGUGUCUGAAAAACUGCAGUAUUCUGAAGAGCAAGUACAGAGAGAGGAACCACUCGUCUUGGUGGCUGUUACCAGUGCUGGGGACAAGGUCCUGUUAAAGCCAGAUGAUGGCUGUAUCUUCACUACCCUGGGGAUAAACAGUCAUCUUUUUGCCUGCAACCGAGAGGAACUGCGCUCUUUGGUACCACUUCCAGAGGAGGUCCAGUUACCGCCGGAGGACUCUCAUAUCCACCGGAUCGAGGCUGAGGAUUUGGCCAAUCACCUUAGCGCUUUCCAUUGGGAACUUUUCAGCUGUAUACAUGAGUUGGAGUUUGUAGAUUACGUAUUCCAUGCAGAGAGAGGACGCAGAGAGACGGCAAAUCUCGAGCUACUUUUGCAGCGAUGCAGUGAGGUGCAACACUGGGUCAGUACACAAACUCUGCUCUGUGAAGGUCCAGCGAGAAGGACACAACUCCUCAAAAAGUUCAUUAAGACGGCUGCCAUUUGUAAACAGAAUCAAGACCUCCUGUCAUUUUUUGCAAUAGUGAUGGGUUUGGAUAAUGGGGCUGUGAGCCGUUUGCGGGUCACCUGGGAGAAAUUACCAGGAAAGUUCAAGAACUUGUUUCGAAAGUUUGAGAAUUUAACGGACCCAUGCAGGAAUCACAAGUCAUAUCGUGAAAUGGUGACACGAAUGCGUCCCCCAGUGAUCCCAUUUAUUCCGCUCAUUCUGAAAGAUCUCACGUUCUUACAUGAGGGCAGUAAAACGUUCCUCGAUGGUCUUGUGAACGUGGAGAAAAUGCAUGCCAUCGCAGAGAAAGUGAGGACUGUUCGGAAGUACCGAAGCAGCCAGUUACGACUUGAAACAGAUGUAUCCCCCAACCACCUGCAAAAUAAGGCCUACGUGCGGCAGUUCCAGGUCAUAGACAACCAGAAUCUGCUCUUUGAGCUGUCCUACAAACUGGAGCCCAAUGCACAGUGACAGGAGCCUAGAGUGCUCACAAUGACAGGAGCAGAGGAAUAGCAGACAGUGUGCACAGUACAGAACAAACUGUACAGCCAACAAGGUUCUGCAAGCUGAACUGGAAACCUCCGUACCAGCAGAAAGCAGGAUACAUUGAAUAUGGUGUGGAGAAAUUACUCCAGCAAUACAGUAGAGAUUGUUGUUUGUGUAGUGUGGUGUGGCGUCAGUGAGGAAUUCAUACACUCAAUGAUGGAUUUAAGCCUCUGUUAAAGGAAUUUUAAGAAGAAGGGGGUGGGGCUGGCCUCAAAAGCUAAUUAUCUCACACUGCCAACCCAUGCACAUGUCACGUCAGCUGGGACUUACGUAGUUAAAGGGAAAAGGCUGGGUGACAUUAAAAGGGGUCAGGUAGUGUGGUAUUUUUGUAAGUAGAUUACCUGUACAGUUUGAUUUCUUAUUAAGGGGAAAUUUGGGCAGAAAAUAAGUAUAUAUAUAUAUAUAUAUAUAUAUAUAGAUAUAUAUAUAUAUUAGCUUGCAUAACUAUAUUGUCGUGAUACAGACUGGAAUAAAUGUACAUAUAUAUAUGGCUACAUCAGACGUAAAACUAUAUACAUACACACAUUCCCACACGUACAGGGUUUUUCAAAAGUCCAUUCUCAAAAUCAAACAUUUUUUUUUUAAUUGUUAUUAUUUUUUUAAAAAUAAAACAGAUUUCUAAAUGUUUAUCAUAGAGUAUGGACUUUUAAAAUACCCAACGUGUGUCCACAGCCCUACAACUAGUUUUUAAAAUAAAUGGCCUUGUAAGAAAUGCGGGUUUUCAAUAUCUAUAACUUUUUUUUUACUUGUAUCUUUUUUUUCUUCUUUGCAAUGUUCUCCCUCAUUGGUGAAUAUUUACAUGAUUUUCUACACACACACACAAACACACCCGUUCACGUGCAAACAUAACAUUUUAUAUAUAUAUAUAUAUAUAUUUCACUUGCUUUACAUCUCUUCCUGAGUUGUGUUUCAAAGCUGUUGUGUACAGCAAACACAAACUCCAAGGAAUCCAUGUUAUAAAUGGAAUAAUGAGGCAAAAAUGUGAUUCUUUGUUGAACUAAUUUGCAUAUGCCCACCCAGAAUCCUUUGCAGUAGUAACACCAUUGCAAAUGUGUGAUUUCUGUGGGAAAAGCAAGUCUUAUGGCUUGAUUAUGUGCAAAUAUAUGUUUAACAUUGUAUUGAUUAUCCACUGACUUCAGGUGGAAGGGGUUUUCAAUCACAAUUUUAUCCCACCA